AUGACAGAAACGAGCAAGGGGGGACAUCACAAAGAAGUCGAGAAAGAGGUCAUGGUUAUAAUAACCGAAGUUUUGGUUUUCGAGGAAGAGGUGGAAGAGGUCCAGCCAGACAAGGAAGAAUGCCACAAGUUCGGGCAUUACAGCAAUGAAUGCCAAAGUAGAGCAACAACAGAAGCCGGAGAGCAAGCAAAUUUUGCCGAGGAGGAAACAAACAAGGUUGGACCUACAGUCCUGUUUGUCCACUAUGGAGACACUGAAAACCAAAACAAUGUUUGGUAUCUAGAUUCGGGAGCCAGUAAUCACAUGUGUGGUAAAAGAGAGUUGUUCGUUGAGCUUGACGAGACUGUACAAGCACAAGUCUCAUUUGGUGAUUCUUCAAAGACUCCAGUGAAAGGAAGAGGUAAUAUUCUGAUCAAGCUCAAGAAUGGAGAUCAUGAUUACAUCUCCAAUGUUUAUUAUGUUCCUGCCAUGAAGAACAACAUUUUAAGUAUGAGACAACUCCUAGAGAAAGGAUACGACAUCAGCAUGAAAUAUUGUCAUCUUACCAUCAAAGACAAUCAUGGUAAUUUGAUCGCUUGGGUGAGAAUGUCCAAAAAUCGGAUGUUUGCAUUGAACAUCCAACAUAAUGCUGUGAAGUGUUUAAGUGCCAUCAUCAAAGACAAAGACUAG